UCUACUUCCUUAAAAACUGACACCUCCUCUCUCUCUCCUCUUUCUCUCUCUACAACCCAUUUCCAGUUGUGCCUCUGAACUGUCCCUUAAAAAACAAAAAAGCCCCUUAAAAAAAAAAACGACAAACAACCCAAAUCUUUUUCCCCUUCCUCAGAUUCGAUCUCUCCGAUCCGGGUCUGAAACGACGUCGACGAUGUUUCUCUUCGAUUGGUUCUACAGCGUCCUCGCUUCUCUCGGGCUAUGGCAGAAGGAGGCCAAGAUCCUCUUCCUCGGCCUCGAUAAUGCCGGCAAGACCACCCUCCUACACAUGUUGAAGGACGAGAGAUUAGUGCAGCACCAGCCGACGCAACACCCGACAUCGGAGGAGCUUAGCAUUGGGAGGAUUAAGUUCAAGGCGUUCGAUUUGGGCGGCCACCAGAUCGCUCGCCGAGUCUGGAAAGAUUACUACGCUAAGGUGGAUGCAGUUGUUUACCUAGUUGAUGCCUACGACAAAGAGCGGUUUGCGGAGGCGAAGAAGGAGUUGGACGGCCUCCUUUCUGACGAGUCCCUUGCCAAUGUCCCCUUUCUGGUGUUAGGCAACAAGAUUGACAUCCCUUAUGCGGCUUCAGAAGACGAGCUGCGCUAUAGUCUGGGCCUGACUAACUUCACAACCGGCAAGGGAAAGGUCAACCUCACGGAGUCCAAUGUCCGGCCUCUUGAGGUCUUCAUGUGCAGCAUUGUCCGGAAGAUGGGAUAUGGAGAAGGGUUCAAGUGGAUGUCUCAAUACAUCAAUUAGGGAAGAAAUAGAGAGGAAGAAGAAGAAGAAGAAGAAGAUUAGGAGAGGGGUAUCAUAUAUAACAUUUUGGCUAUCUGUAUUUUAUUUUCUGCUGCUUGUUCUGCAGUGCAUUUGACUCUACGGUUUAUAUCCAAACAGAGAUUUUUUAUUUGAUAUUGAUUGGGUUGGUGGAUUAACAAUUUGGGCAACAUUUUAUUUCAUUAUUCAUUGUGGUUAUUGU